AUGAGGAGGGAGCUUCCAUCUUCUCUCUGCUUCUUCAUCCUCUUUUAAGAGCAAUUUAGACGUAGACUUAGAUCAGAUUCCGAACCUAAUUCAUGAUUAGCUGACUGGAGUGAGAAAAGGAAGAGUCUAUAAUAGUUUUGAUGCUGUUAGGUGGAUAUGAAGUGAAAAGUGUAAUUAUCAUUUUUUCCUCCCUUUUUUUGGUUUUGUUGCAUUUUUUUGCACUCUCACAGGAGGCGUUUUGCUGAUGUCUUUCUCACGCGGAUGCAUUUGAGAUGAGAGGCGAGAAGCAAAUAUUCCGCUUUUAUUACUAAACGAACGAUCAUGCCUACACGCGUGUGUGUUUUCCCGGAGAAUGGAAGCGCAUGACGGGAUUACUAUAUUCUCACACUUUUCCCGAUACCCAGCUCAACUAAAUAGAGUCGCCUAUACCGAUCGGUCUAAUUGGAUUUUAUAACAUCCACCUACUCAUCACAAAAUAACAGCAAACUCGUGUUUUAGACCGCACGGCGAGGGCUAAGUUGCAUCUUUCUGUAAUGCUAGAAGGGCAGCCGCGAUUUCGGCCAGUGACAUUUAGAGAGAAUCUACCUUUAGACUAUCCCGUCUUUACACAAAUUAUCAGUCAGAAACUGAGCAACUUCAGCGUUUUUCUAUAGGAUGUCGCGCCGCAAGCAAGCUAAACCAAGAUCCCUGAAAGUAGAAGACAAUGUGACAGAGGACCAGCACAGUCCUGGGCGGACUGCCAUUCCAAGCGAUCCAGAGUGCGCCCUCGAGAGGGCGGCGGAGGAUGGUGAGACCGGGCGUCUGAGGAAGAGGCUGCUCUCUCCAGAGGAAGGAGAGGAGGGAGAGGAGGAGGACGAGGAGCCUGCACUGCACAGCUGCGACAGCUGCCGGCAGGUGUUCGAGUCGCUGAGCGAUCUCACCGAACACAAGAUUAAUCAAUGCCAGCUGACAGACGGUGCUGAUAUUGAGGAUGACCCAUCGUGUUCUUGGCCAGCAUCAUCUCCCUCCAGUAAGGAUCAGACUUCUCCAGGACACUGCGAGGACUAUGACUUUGGCGAGGAUGAAGGGGGCCCUGGCCUACCAUACCCAUGCCAGUUCUGUGACAAGUCCUUCAGUCGCCUAAGCUUCCUCAAGCGUCACGAACAGAGCCACGGGGAUAAACUCCCUUUCAGCUGUACCUUUUGCAGUCGUUUGUUUAAGCACAAGCGCAGCCGCGAUAGACACGUGAAGCUACAUACCGGUGAUAAGAAGUACCACUGUGGAGAGUGUGACUCUGCCUUCUCCCGCAGUGAUCACCUCAAAAUCCACAUGAAAACUCACGCCUCCAACAAACCCCACAAGUGCCCUGUGUGCCGCCGAGGCUUCCUUUCCUCCAGCUCUCUCCACGGCCACAUGCAAGUACACGAAAGAGGCAAAGAUGGCAGCAGCUCAAGCCUUUCUAGAGCUGAUGAAUGGAAGCUGAAAGAAACCCGCAAAUGCAGCCGUUGUGAGGAGGGCUUUGAUGUCCCAGAAGAGCUCCAGAGGCACAUCGCUGAGUGCCACCCUGAGUGCUCGCCAUCAGAGGAUGGAGGCCUGGGUGCCACCCUGCAGUGUAUCUACUGCCAUGAGCCCUUCAGUGAUGAGGGAACCCUGCUGACCCACAUUGACCAGGCACACAGCCGUGACCGGAAGGGUCACACCUGUGCUAUCUGCUCUGAGCACUUUUUGUCUGUUGAGGACCUCUAUGCUCACAUGGACAUCCACCAGCUCCCAGAAUCUAGUAACCAUAGUAACAGCCCUUCUUUGCUGACUGUGGGUUACACCUCUGUCUCUAGCACCACUCCUGACUCGAACCUCUCUGUCGACAGCUCCACAAUGGUGGAGACAGCGCCACCUGUUCCCAAGACAAGGGGAAGGAGAAAGAGGGCUGCUCAGAACACAUCAGACAUGGGACGUUCCUCCAAACAGCCUAAAGUUUCCUACAGUUGCAUCUACUGCAACAAGCAAGUGUUCUCCAGUUUGGCUGUGCUUCAAAUUCACCUGCGAACCAUGCAUCUGGACAAGCCAGAGCAGGCCCAUACUUGCCAGUUUUGUUUGGAGGUUUUGCCCUCUUUAUUAAAUCUAAAUGAACAUCUUAAGCAGGUCCACAAUGCAGAGGACCACGCUGCCCUGUUAGCCAGCUUACCUGAUGCCCUCCUUCAGUGUAACUUCUGCCCUGAGGUGCUGAGUGAUCUCAACGCCCUGCAGGAACACAUCCGCUGUUCCCAUGGCUUUCCCAGUCCUGUGGCCAAGGAGAGCAAUGCCUUCUUCUGCCCCCAAUGCUUCAUGGGUUUCUUGACAGAGGCUACUUUGGAGGAGCAUGUUCGUCAGACUCACUGUGAUGGGGGAAGCCUGCGCUUUGACUCUCCUCUGGCUGUUACUCCCAAGGAGCCUAUAGUCGAGGUGUACUCCUGUUCGUACUGCACCAAUUCUCCCAUAUUCAACAGUGUUCUGAAGCUCAACAAGCACAUCAAGGAGAAUCACAAGAACAUUCCACUGGCGCUGAACUACAUCAACAAUGGAAAGAAAUCCUUGCGCACUCUCAGUCCCUCUUCUCCCAUAUCUGUGGAACAAACUGCCAUGCUGAAGCAAGGCAGCUCAGCCUCACGUGCUACCAGUGAGUUCAUAUGUAACCAGUGUGGAGCCAAGUAUACCAGCUUAGACCUUUUCCAGACUCACCUAAAAACUCAUCUCGAUGGCCUACAGCCUCAACUCACCUGCCCACAGUGCAACAAAGAGUUCCCAAACCAAGAGUCCCUGCUGAAGCAUGUGACAAUUCACUUCACUAUUACCUCCACUUACUAUAUCUGUGAGAGUUGUGACAAGCAGUUCACUUCAGUUGAUGACCUGCAGAAGCACCUACUCGACAUGCAUACCUUUGUGUUCUUUCGUUGCACUCUGUGCCAGGAGGUGUUUGACUCAAAGGUGUCUACCCAGCUCCACCUGGCUGUAAAACACAGCAAUGAGAAGAAGGUCUACCGCUGCACCUCCUGCAACUGGGACUUCAGGCAUGAGACAGACCUGCAGCUACAUGUCAAACAUAGCCAUCUGGAAAACCAGGGCCGUGCCCAUCGCUGCAUUUUUUGUGGGGAGUCCUUUGGCACAGAGGUGGAGCUUCAGUGCCAUAUCACCACCCACAGCAAGAAGUAUAACUGUCGCUUCUGCAGUAAGGCCUUCCAUGCCAUCGUCCUGUUGGAGAAGCAUUUAAGGGAGAAACACUGUGUGUUUGAGGGAAAGACACAGAACUGUGGUGCUAAUGGCUCUACUGUAAGCGGUGGUGAUGGCCAGCCUAAAGAAGAUGCUGAGCUACAAGGUCUCCUAACCAACAGCCAUAGUACAGGGGCAGCAGGAGGAUCUGUGGUCGAGUCCCACAACAGCCAUGACGGAAGUGAGGAAGAGGUGGACACUGCAGAGCCCAUGUAUGGGUGCGACAUCUGUGGGGCAUCUUACACCAUGGAGUCACUCCUCACUAACCACCAAUUGAGAGACCACAAUAUACGCCCUGGUGAAAGUGCCAUGAUGAAAAGGAAAGCUGAAAUGAUCAAGGGCAACCACAAGUGCAAUGUCUGCUCCCGCACCUUCUUCUCUGAGGCUGGGCUGAGGGAACAUAUGCAGACCCACCUUGGGCCUGUCAAACACUACAUGUGUCCCAUCUGUGGGGAGCGCUUCCCUUCCUUGCUCACCCUGACUGAGCACAAGGUCACCCAUAGCAAGAGCCUGGACACAGGCAGCUGCCGCAUUUGUAAGAUGCCUCUGCAGAGUGAGGAGGACUUCCUGGAACAUUGCCAGAUGCACCCUGACCUGAGGAAUUCCCUGACAGGUUUCCGCUGUGUGGUGUGCAUGCAGACAGUCACCUCCACAUUGGAGCUCAAGAUCCACGGUACCUUCCACAUGCAAAAGACAGGCACUAUGUCCUCCAACCACCCCACGGUCCGCAGUAAUGCCAUCUCUCACAACCAGCAGCAACACCAUGUCCAGAAACCUUUCAAGUGCGCCUCUUGCCUGAAAGAUUUUCGGUCCAAACUGGACCUGGUGAAGCUGGACAUCAAUGGACUGCCAUAUGGACUUUGUGCAUCCUGUGUGACAGCUGCUGGCUCCAAGAGCUCCAGCCCAACAGUGAAUGGAGGGAGACAACAACAGCAGCAUGGAGGAGCCACCAAUCCAGCAACAGUCACAUGGAUCCAGGGGGAGAGUCUCAGCCCAGGAGAGGGGAAAGGCAAAGCAGUCUCUUCAUCAUCUUCAUCCUCUUCUACAUCUUCAUCAUCCGCUGCAAAAACACGAUGCUCCAGCUGCAAUGUGAAGUUUGAGUCUGAAGCAGAGUUGCAGAACCAUGUCCAGACAGUGCACCGAGAACAGGCAGGGGACAGUAACAACGGGCAGCUCAAGACCCCCCAGGUGUCACCCAUGCCUCGAGCCAGCCCUUCACAAACUGAAGAGAAGAAGACAUACCAGUGCAUCAAAUGUCAGAUGGUGUUCUACAGUGAGUGGGACAUCCAAGUUCAUGUGGCCAACCACAUGCUGGAAUCCUCCUAUGCAGGUCUAGUUGGGGACUUGGGCGACCUGAAUAAAGAGGAAGGAUUGAACCAUGAAUGCAAGCUCUGUAGUCAGUCAUUCGACUCACCAGCAAAGCUUCAAUGCCACCUGAUUGAGCACAGCUUUGAGGGCAUGGGCGGAACCUUCAAGUGUCCGGUCUGCUUUACAGUGUUUGUCCAGGCCAAUAAGCUUCAGCAGCACAUCUUCUCUGCCCACGGCCAGGAGGAUAAGAUCUAUGACUGCUCGCAGUGCCCGCAAAAGUUCUUCUUCCAGACAGAGUUACAGAACCACACGUUGACUCAGCACAGCAGCUAACAUGGCAAAGCGCAGCGCCGUGGCCGAGAACAAGGAUCACAUGACGCAGAGAAUAAUGUCUGACCGCCAAUUACCGUCAGUGCAGUUUCCCACUGACUGUCUUGCACUGAACUUUUGAUUCAGUUACACCACAAGGAACCAUGCCACAGCAAGAAAAAAGAAAAGCAAAGCAAAGAAAAUAAAAAGUGGGGGAGGGGGGGGCAUAAAAGAACCCUCUCCGUUCUUUACUAACCAUUAUUUCAAAAAUAAAGAAAAAGCCAACUUGUUUGUACAUAGAAUUCUUCAUGUGUUGCUUAACUACAGCUAUAUUGCAAUCUUAUACAGUAUUUGCCAAUGUACAGUUCAAAAUGUUUGUCCAAAAAAAGAGAAGAAAAAAAAAGAUCAAUGACAUUGUCAAUCAGACUAGAUGGGACUCAACCAGUUGUGUAAAGGAAAAACAGGGUGCCACUGAAAGCGUAGGAAGCUGUAGGAACCGGCAAAUGUUGUCAGGAGGACUCUUCGUCAGCGCCACUCCUACUGCGCAGUAUGUCACUCUGUAUCCUGACGUGGUCAAUCAUUAUGGGGUAGAAAUUUUGAUUCACCAGCAUAGGCUGAGAUCUAGUCUGUAUUUCUGUCGUAACAUGGCUACCAGAGGACCAGCCGAGGACGGCGGUGCGACUAAUCUGCACUGCCAGCGCUGGAGUUCAGAUGAGAGACGGAAAAAAAAGAGAAAACAGAGAACAGAAAAACAGGACAGGAUGCUGAUAUAUGCAAACGCAGUGACACAGAUUUGGAAAAGGCUAGUUCCUACGGUUGGCUCGUGAACAGAGGCGUGAAGCUCCCAUGUGGCUCUCAGAGCAUGGGGAAAUCUCCAGCCCACUGACUCAACCUGUACAUUUCUGUUGUUAAUGUUUACUGCUCAUUGAAGCCUGGAGAUUACUGGAAUUUUUUUUUUAUGUUUUGUUAUCGCUAUGGGUUUUUUUUAUUUGUUGUUUUUUGUUUUUUUGCAAUGGGGGAGUAAAUCCAUUUGGAUUUGGGGUCAUGAAGACUGAACACAAUUCCAGUCUGUCUCGGGGAUAUACCGUAGUUACAAAACUUUGUCCCUGGCUCUCCUGGAGAGUGCCCGAGUACUCCUCUUAUUUCUUUGCAGUGUCCCAUUGCUCUCGCUCUCUCUCUCUGCUCAAGCUGGAAGCCACUGUGGCAUCAUACAAAACUUAAAACCAUUCUGUUAUGUAAAUGUUUUGCAUUCAUUGAACCUGAGAUGCACUUUUGUAUGAAACUUUAAUGUUUUGACAUUUUGAUUGAGAAUUGUUCGUACACAGUUUACAGGAAAUCACCAUCUCCUGCAGCAAAAGGACAGUUAUCUCCGAUGUUAUUAAAAUGUAUUGUACAAAUAUGGAGUUCUGUAUUUGGCAGACCUCGUUUUUUUGUGUUGCACAUGUGAUGGAAAUAUUAAAAACUGUAUGAGGAAAUGA